AUGGAUAACCUCCUGCAAGGGAUGCCAUAUGUCGUGGCAUACCUCGAUGAUAUAUUGUUCUCAGAACAAGAACAUCUUGAUAACUUAGAAUGUGUCCUUAAGACAUUGUCAGAAGCAGGAAUGCGUCUAAAGAGGGAGAAGUGUCUGUUCAUGUUGCCAGAAGUGGAUUAUGGGGGGACAUCGAAUCUCAAAAGAAGGAACUCUCCAGCACCAGCACCAUUACAUUCGUGGGAGUAUCCAACAAACCCUUGGAGCCGAAUUCAUGUUGAUCAUGCGGGUCCAGUGUUGGGUCAUACACUGUUAAUUGUGAUGGACGCUUACUCAAAAUGGAUAGAUGCGAUGCCCGUAAACUCGACGUCAUCAGCAGAGACGAUAGAGAAGCUCCGACAUUUGUUUUCAAAUUUUGGAGUUCCUGACAAGGUGGUUUCUGAUAAUG